AUGGCUCCUCCUCAUCCACCUCCCACAUCCACUCCCUUGUCACAUUUACUACUUCACUCUCGACAACAUACCUUGACAUCAAAGCACAACCUCACAAACGACUCAUCAUCAUCAUCAUCAUCCUCGACUAAUCAACAUCCUCCUCAACCAUCAUCCACUCGCAGUGCAAUGACUUGUUCAUCACACCAACAACAUCAUUCAUUGUCUUCUCCUCUAAACGAAAGACCAGCUAUGCCAUCUCGCUCUAGCACAACCACUACAACUUCCACUGCAACAGCCAAUCCCGCUUUGAUGUCGUCAACCAGUUACAAUCACUCCGCACGUCUCAUUUUUAAAAUGGCCAACAAUCACCUUUUCGGUCGUCGAGGACACAACAAGGAUGCAUCUCUUGCAGUGACUUAUCUACGCCGAGCAGUAUCAUUGGGCCAUGCUCAAGCAGAAGGAGUCCUUGGCUUUUGUUACGAAUUCGGUCUUGGUGUCGAGAAGGAUUUCAUGCAAUGUGAGCAACAUUAUCUAAAAGCCGCUGAGCACGAGGAUGGUCUUGCCAUGGCUCGUCUUUCCUUUUUGCGUAAAUAUGGUCGACCCAAUGUAAAGAUUGAUCGUGCCGAAGCAGAAGCAUGGGCUGAACGCGUGCGACGUAUUGCUCAUACCAACCCUGUUGGAUGGAUUGUUGAAGCAGCUACUUUGGAUGGUGAUGCCAAUUGUCAAUAUGCACUGGGUGUGUGCUACCAUGAUGGUGUUGGUAUGCCACGUGAUGAACAUGCAGCUUUUCGAUGGUAUAAGGCGAGUGCAGAACAAGGCAAUGCUCGUGGCCAAGGCAUUCUCGGUUAUUGCUACGGCGAAGGAUUCGGUGUUACCAAAGAUGACACUGAAGCAAUGCGAUGGUAUCGAUUAGCAGCAGCUCAAGGCGAAACAGUGGCUAUCUACAAUGUUGGUUAUUGCUAUGAGGAUGGUAUUGGUGUCGAACGUGAUGUCAACGAAGCCGUACGUUGGUAUCGUAUUGCUGCUGAACAAGGCAACGCAUUUGCACAAAAUUCUCUUGGCUAUUGUUACGAAGAUGGCAUUGGCGUCAAGCAAGAUUUAUCACGAGCAGCACAUUGGUACCAGCGUUCAGCUGAACAAGGAUAUCCAUGGGCAGAAUGCAAUCUCGGUUACUGCUACCAAAACGGUAUUGGCGUUGACAAGAAUGAUGAGCUUGGUGCAUUCUGGUAUCGUCGUGCGGCUGCACAAGGUCAUGCUCGUGCACAACACAAUCUUGGUUUUUGCUAUCAAAAUGGUAUUGGUGUCGACCGUAAUGAAAUGGAAGCCGUAAAGUGGUAUCGCCGAUCAGCUGAACGUGGUAAUAUUUUCGCCUAUCACUCUCUUGGCUAUUGCUAUCAAAAUGGUAUCGGUGUCACUGCCAAUGAACAAGAAGCCGUCUUUUGGUACUAUUUGUCAGCCGAAGAAAAUCAUGCUCCAGCACAAUUGUCUCUUGGUUACUGCUAUCGUAAUGGUAUUGGUGUCCCCAAAAAUGAACGUGAAGCUGUAAAGUGGUUCCGUCGUUCGGCUGAACAAGGUAAUGCUCUUGCACAAAACUCGCUUGGCUUUUGCUAUGAGGAAGGACUUGGUGUCAAGAAGGAUGCUGCUAGAGCAGUGUACUGGUAUCACAAAUCGGCUCGUCAAAAGAACCCAUGGGCUCAAUGCAAUCUCGGCUAUUGCUAUGCCAAUGGCAUUGGUGUUGACAAGGAUGAUCGUAAGGCUGUCUAUUGGUAUCGUCAUGCUGCUGCUCAAAACCAUGCACGAGCACUCGACAAGCUUGGUGUUCAUGUUCAAUGCGGUCUCGGUGUGGAUCAAGACUUUGAAGCUGCAUUCGAUCUCUUUAAGCGUGCUGCAGCACAAGAUCACAUUGCUGCACAGUAUCAUCUUGGCAACUGCUACGAGAAAGGACUUGGAUGCCAAAUCGAUUUACAUCAAGCUGCAGUCUGGUUUGAACGUGCUGCAAUGGCUGGUUGCCGCAAUUCCAAUGAACGAUUACGACGAUUGCUCUUCCGAGUGUGCAUGUGGUCUCCAGGUUCUUCUCCGUUGACCAUGAAUGAGGACGACCUGAUAUGUUCUGGAUUCAUCAGUGGGCAUAGUGCGCCGGCCGCAUAG